AUGGAGAGGGAGUCUCCAGAUGCGUCGAUUGAGGACGAGCGUACUGGCAGCACAUUGCCAUCAACCAGCAGCACCAGUUUGAGCCGCACAGCUACCCAGGGGGGGAGUCAAUUCUCGUAUCCCUUUACGGAGACAAGUGACGCCCAUAAAAUGAUCAUGAAGAGUAGCAACUGCCGGAGUAUAGUGCUUGCAUUCCUCUCAGAUUAUUUCCCUCCGGACCAGCCGCACCUUUGCAUUACUCCUGAUGAUAGACCAUGGACACACUUCCUCACACAGCUACCGACGAAGUGCCAGGCCCUCGAAUCAGCAGGUGUAGCAAUUGCUGCAGCUGGACUAGGACGCUUGCAUGGUAUCCCGCAGCUGAUAAGAGUGGGUAUGAGGUUCUAUACUGAAGGGCUUCAACAGCUGCAGGCGUCUCUGUGGGAUAAGAACUUGAUGCUCAGGGAUGAGACACUCACGACCUCGCUCUCACCGGCGAUUCUCCAGAAAACUACCUAUCUCCCACGUCUCGGGCCUCAACAAAAGGUAGAGCUGGCCCGGCGUCUGGUGCAAGAGUACUGGGAACUCGACCGGAAGCUUGAUGAUGUUUACGCUCAUAUACAAUCGACAGGACCGAGCCCUCUAUACUGGCGUGUACUGGCUGAACUCAGGAACCCCACCGAUACCAAGGAGGUCCUUUUCCCAAUUGUAUAUCGGUUCCCUGAUCUAAAGACAGCCUGGGUGAUGAUGACAUACUGGGCCACACGCCUGAUGUUUUGGACUGGGCUGUGUGACCUAUAUGAGCUUAUUGAGGGAAUCCAACCUGAGGCUGUCGAUGAUUCCCCGAGCCCUGAAUCAGCCGACGAUGCUGCUGGUAUCGAUAACUAA